AUGACCAUCCGCUCCAUGAAGUUAACACCCGAUUCUAACGAACCAUUUCUUGCGCACAGGGUCCUCCUCGGUGCUCCUAGGCGGUCAUCAGCCAUUCCAAACGCAGCCGGUACCCUUGCAGUCUAUACCCAAACUUCAUACUCUUUCGAAUCGCAUUCCAAAACAAAUGAAAUUCGAGUCAUCGAAAUUGAGACUGGUCGAUCUGCCCUAAUCACAAAUGACCCUGGUGCGAGUAACCCGCAGUGGCUAGGAACUGAAGAUCAAUUGGUCUGGCUAAAGACCAAGACCAAUGGGAACACUAGCUUUAUCGUUGGCGAUGCGCGCGAAGCUGAUAAAACCUACACUGCGGGUACUGUUCCGGGUCCUGUAUCGGACUUGAAAGUAACCAUCAUCGAGCCAGGCAAGAUCGGCUUUGCUGUCAGUGGUAAAGCCAAUCCAGAUGGGUCUCUCUACAAUCCUCACGAUGCCAAGAAAUCACACACAACGGGUCGCAUAUACACGUCACUUUUUGUACGACAUUGGGAUGCCUAUGUAGAGCCUCAGAAGAACUCGAUUUGGUAUGGGCUUCUGGAGCAAGCUGCCUUGACGCCUGCCCGAAGGCAGGCAGGCAAGUAUUCUGUGUCGGGCCUUACAAAUUUGAUUGCAGUGUCUGGAUUGGGAGCUGUUGAGUCCCCAAUGCCACCCUUCGGGGGCACUGGUGACUUUGACAUUAGUCCAUCUGCAAUUGUUUUUGUUGGCAAGGACCCUAGCUUAAACCCUGCUACUCAUACCUCCUGUUCCUGUUAUUAUGCCCCUAUGUUCUCAUGGACUAGCAUUGCUGGUGUGGGUACCCCUGAAAUCAAACCUUGCAAAGUCGCUGCGCUUCGAGGAGCUAUGUCUUCCCCUGUUCUGUCUUCGGAUGGAGGUUCUAUCGCUCUCCUGGCAAUGGGAGAGGAUGGUUAUGAAUCUGAUAAGAACAGAAUUCUGUAUGUUCCAAAUCCCUGGAAUGGGGAGAUGAUUGAAGUCUUUGAGUCUCCAGACGGCAAGGGAUUUUGGGAGUUGAGUCCUUCUGCCCUUUCGUUUUCGCAUGACGACAAGUCGUUAUUCAUCCAAACUGAAGAAAUCGGGCGCGGUGUUCUCUAUCAGCUUUCUCUGGAUAACAUCAGGCAGUCUAAGCCUGAUUCCUUGAAGAGACUUACUCGGUCGGGAUACGUGAACGAUGCGGUUCCUGCAGCUUUAGGGUCUUCGAAACUGUUCCUCUCUAGUAGUAGUCUCAUCGAUAAUAGCGUCUGGUCUAUCCUUGACCCAUCAAGCCCUGAAGAACAUCAGAUGGUUUCUUCCAGUGGACGCGGCGGGUCGGCGUUUGGCCUUUCAGCGUCCCAGGUAGAUGAAAUCUGGUUCCCAGGAGCAGAAGGCCACCAAGUACAUGCCUGGGUUGUGAAGCCUUCUGACUUCAAACCCGGCGAGAAGUACCCUCUAGCAUAUCUGAUUCAUGGUGGCCCUCAGGGUGCAUGGAACGACCAGUGGAGCACUCGCUGGAAUCCUGCGGUGUUUGCAGAGCAAGGCUAUGUUGUCAUCACACCUAACCCAACUGGUAGCACUGGUUAUGGCCAGUCGUUCACCGACGGUAUCAUUGGUCAAUGGGGUGGCCGACCUUAUGAAGAUCUCGUAAGAGGCUUUGAAUUUAUCGAGCAAAACCUAGCUUAUGUUGACACCUCUCGGGCUGUCGCGCUGGGUGCCUCGUAUGGUGGAUACAUGAUGAACUGGAUCCAGGGUCAUCCCCUAGGUCGCAAAUUCAAGGCUUUGGUCACCCACGAUGGCGUUUUCAAUGUCGAGUCGCUUCUGUCAAGCGAGGAGUUGUAUUUCCCUCUCCACGAUCUGCAGGGGCCGAUGUGGAAAAAGCCGGAGAACUGGGCCCAAUGGAACCCGGCACGAUUUUUGCAAAACUGGCAGACACCACAUCUCAUCAUUCACAAUGAGCUCGACUACCGACUACCCAUCUCUGAGGGGUUAGCCGCAUUCAACGUGUUACAAAUGCGUGGCAUCGACAGCGCCUUUCUCACAUUCCCGGAUGAGAACCAUUGGGUUAUAAAUCCCGAAAACUCCCUUUUGUGGCACAAGACUGUGUUGAAUUGGAUCAAUAAGUACGUUGGCUUGCCGCCGGCCGCUGACGAACCGGAUCUUUCAUCGGGCAUGAACACCCUUGCUCUCUGA